AUGCACAAAAGGAGCAACUGUCGGAGGCCUGUGGGGAGACAGACUGGGGAAUGCUGUAACAGGGGAAUGCAGAGGAGACUGCAGGUCGAAGUCAAUAGGGAUCUCUUGCUGUCUGUGGCGCUUGGCCAGGUACUCUCCCUCCUUAUCUGUGGCAUUGGUCUCACGAGCAAGUAUUUGUCAGAAGAUUUCCACGCCAACACACCUGUUUUUCAGAGCUUCCUCAAUUAUAUCCUUCUAUUCUUGGUCUACACAACAACACUGGCUGUCAGACAAGGAGAAGAAAACUUGCUGGCAAUUUUGAAAAGGAGAUGGUGGAAGUACAUGAUCCUGGGGAUAAUAGAUAUAGAAGCCAAUUACCUGGUAGUCAAAGCUUAUCAAUACACCACUCUUACUAGUGUACAGCUCCUAGACUGUUUUGUCAUCCCAGUGGUGAUACUGCUCUCCUGGUUCUUCUUACUGGUACGAUACAAGGCAGUACAUUUCAUUGGGAUUGUGGUCUGCAUUCUGGGCAUGGGAUGCAUGGCAGGAGCAGAUGUCCUCGUUGGGAGACAGCAAGGAGCAGGUGAAAAUAAACUGAUAGGGGAUCUCUUAGUACUGGGCGGAGCAACGCUAUACGGCAUCUCGAACGUUUGUGAGGAGUAUAUCGUCCGAAAUCUGAGUCGAGUGGAAUUCCUGGGCAUGAUUGGACUCUUUGGUUCCUUCUUCAGUGGAAUUCAGCUUGCAAUCAUGGAACACAAAGAGCUGUUGAAAGUUCCCUGGGAUUGGCAAAUAGGCUUGUUGUAUGUUGGCUUUAGUGCCUGUAUGUUUGGCCUCUAUAGCUUUAUGCCAGUGGUCAUAAAGAAAACCAGUGCUACUGCCGUCAACCUCUCCCUACUCACAGCUGACCUGUACAGCCUCUUCUGUGGAUUAUUCCUCUUUCACUACAAGUUUUCAGGACUUUACUUGUUGUCAUUCUUCACUAUCCUUGUUGGGCUGGUGCUCUAUUCCUCCACGUCCACCUACGUAGCCCAGGAUCCUCGGGUGUACAAGCAGUUUCGAAACCCUUCAGGACCUGUUGUAGACCUGCCAGCCACUGGCCAGCUGGAGCCUUCGGUAACAUACACCAGCCUGGGGCAGGAGACGGAAGAGGAGCCUCACGUUAGAGUUGCUUAAACCCAGGGCUGUCGAUCACCUACUGAUGAUUCAGUGGAGCUCGUAUAUCCAUUAUCUCUGUAUUGUACAUAGAGAAAGGUAUUUACCAGGUGCAGUUACACCGGUGAGCUGCAAGGUAGCAAAUAAGGAAAGCUCAUAAAAAUACAAAUUAAUUGUUCCAGGGUGUUCAUUGCAAGGAGACGCCAGUCCCUCGUUUACGGUAUGAGCAGCAUGUUUGCAAUACAAACUGCUGUAUAUGAAUCAGUUAAUGUCAAACUACCUGUGAAAGAUAUUCAAUAUAUAAGCUGAAAUUACAAAAAGAAAUUCCUAGAAGGGUGGUUUUGCACCCACUGAGCGAUAUUCUGCCUAAGCCACACCAAUUGUGGAAAAGCCGCCUUUUUACAGCAAAUACACUUGUGCAGUCACUGUUAAUUUCUCCCUAAGAUUUGUUUGUUUGCACAAAAUAGAUGGGUUACUCGUGGUAGCAACACCCUGACACAUUUUUGCUAGCACCUUGGAUUUGGUGAGGGAAAGAACAAAUUCAUCUGUGCUAUCUGUCUAGUUGCCCUUUCUGGGUAAUCUGUUCCAUGAAUCCAGAGGAGGGACAACUUACAAUAUCCGUCUCUAUUCUAGGAAUAGGUAUAAGGCGAGCAUUUUAGCCUUUCUAUAUUUGCAGAAGUGAAGUACUCAAGCAUUGACCUCUCUAUGAUCCAUGGCAGAUUUCCUAGCAGCUGAAGUUCUGCAUCAGGUAACAGGGAGUUAGUUUCUCUGUAGUCAUGACUUAACACAGAUUUCUUACUUUUUAAAUUUUAAUCUGUAAAAAGAAAAAUGCAUUUUCUAGUUUCCUAUGUAUUGUACCUCUCCAUGGUAAGAUGACAUAUCAUGUGGAUCAGGGCACUUAUUUAAGAGACUCAGUGCAUCGAGGGCGCCUUCUGCUGUUCCAGUUUGCUUUGUCUCCUGUGGUUCAUUAUUCUAACAACAGCUAUUUAGAAAUGUGUCAGUUUUUCACCCAAACCCACAAACUGUAAAAAUCAGGAAAAUUAAGCGAGGAAUUCAUGAGCAGAAAAACUGGACCAUUUGCUGGUGUUGCUGCAGUAGCACAAAGGCAUUCAUACCGGCAGGGUGCAGCCAAUUAUUUUUCAUUAACUACAAAACUAGCAGAAGAAUUCAGCAGUUUUCUUACAUUCCUGGGGACAUGUGAAAAUAAGUUAAUGUGCCCCACAACUGUACUUCUGCUCCAGGAGCCUUAUCAGAAUGGGGGAAAUCUUAGUCACCACCAUGAAAAAAUCCAUCUCUGCCUGUAUGUUUGCUCUUCUGAGAGCCCAAUAAAAGGAAAUCAUUAUUUCAACAUCCAUCAUCUAGUUUUAAUUUAAAAUUAAGGAAGGGGAGAUGGUCUUACAUCUAACAGAUAGGAGAGGGAUCCAGGAGAGCUUGGUUUUAUUCACAGAUCUGCCGUAUCUCUGCGUGAUCUUGGGCAUGACUUACCUUCUGUGUGGCUCAGUUUCCCAAUCUGUAUAUAUGGGAAUAAUGAUAUUUUACCUACCUCACAGGGGUGCUAUGGGACCAAGUUAUUUUAAAAUGCUUCAGGAUCUUCAGAAGAAAGGAGAUUAAGAAGUACACAAUAGUGCUGUAAAAGUGUGUAUACAUUCGUUGUAUUUGAAAAUGGAGUUUACGGCAGGGUUGAUGAAUAUUUUGCUUGCGGGUAUAGAAGAUGAAUUCGAUUUGAAUGUUAUUCUGCUGAAGAAGUCUGUCUCAAGCAAAAAUGUAGGGCUUCAUGUUUGAAAAAUGCAACUAUUUAAAAAAGAAAAAAAAAAAUCUAUCUGUACUCUGGAGAUUAGAAAGGCCACACAGUUCAACCAAGCAGGAUGAAUUUCUGCUGAGGUAACAUUCAUCUUUUAUAGCCCUGUUCUGCUUUAAUGUAGAAGGGACUUCCCUGAAGCAGACUGGGAGAAGUAGGUAUGCAUAAUAUACAUCAAGUGGCAAAUGCCAAAACACUGUUGAACAGCAGAAGUAUGUUGUACCUUAUUCUUGCUGUGGAGGAGGGGGAGAGGCGAUUUCUGUCCCACCGUGUUCAGGCUGUCUGCCACGAUCCUGCUGCAGCUGAGGGAAGGGUCCGCAGUAUCGCCAAACCAUGCCCAAAACCGGCCCAAAAGCUUUGGUUAAGAUGGCUUGGUUUUAAAAUCGUAACAAAUGUAUGAUUUUUUUCCCCUGCCUUCUCUUUAUUUAAUCUUUUUAGCACUCAUGUUUCCAAGCUUUUUCUCUUAAACCACUGAAGAUUAAAAAAAAAAAAAAGAUUCCCACAGAGAAACAGAGUCCAUAUUCUGGGGAUAUUAAGGAAAUUCUAAAUACUACGGGAUUCAAAGAAAAAAAUUAAAAACCACACAAGAAAGAUUACCUGAUACGUCAGGGUAAGGUCUGUGGGAUGGAAGUCCAGGUGGGAAGCGCAUGGUCGGGUGAAGCCCUCAUGCACAGGGGCCAGCCAGCAUCCUCGGGUCGAGCCCUGGGAGGGCUUUGACUUGAGGUGGGUUUCGUACAUUCCCCAGGAGCAGGGGCUCUGAUUACAACCACCACGGCUCCCUCAGGUACCCAGAGGCACACUGGCGGGCACCUGUUAUCUCAGUCUUUUUUGCUACCUUUUGUACCAAUUAAAUACCUUUCUCGGAACAUUAGUCCCCGUGUUGGUCUUGAGACCUUUGAGGAUUGCGUGUGUGCGUGUUUGUUUCAUGUUUACAAUUCCGUCCUUUUGCAUAAUUGUUUUGGUUAAUUUCUUUAUUAGUAUUUAUUUUUAAGCCAAAUGUUUGUAGUCUUUCCGCCUCCCCCUCUUCA